CUCAAAUAGAAGACGAGAAACCCAUCACGGACUUGACUUGUUUUAUAGUAGCCUUUCCCCUACUCUUCCAUUAAUAGAUUCCCCCAUUUGGUCUCUGCCGAAAUUUAUAUUAUUUAUAUUUACAUUACCCUUUUUUAUUUCCCUUCCAAUUAUCUAUCACGGGCUGCUACAAAACAAAAUUUGCCCUCCCCUCCUCUUAUGAAAAUAUAUACUACCAGCUUAUAGUUUCAAGAAAGAUACCCCGUUUUUCUUCAUUUCUCAUCAUUUCAUUCUUUCAAGGUUUCACAAUCUUUCAUGGGUUCUGCUCCUCUAAACAGAGCGCCUAAGGUCUCUGUUUUCCUCUGCUUUUUUCAUUGUUUUUGUUUCUGUUUGUUAACUUCAAAAGCUAGAGUUUUAGCACAAUCAUCGCCUGUUUUUGCCUGCAAUGUUGUGAGCAAUCCAUCAUUGGCAAGUUUCGGUUUCUGCAAUACUUCAUUGGGAAUCAAUGACAGAGUUGUAGACCUUGUGAAGAGACUCACAUUGCAAGAGAAAAUUAGUUUCUUGGUUAAUAGUGCUGGAAGUGUGAGUAGACUUGGGAUACCAAGGUAUGAAUGGUGGUCUGAGGCUUUACAUGGGGUCUCUUAUGUGGGUCCUGGCACACAUUUCUCCAAUGUCGUCCCAGGAGCUACAAGCUUUCCUCAGGUCAUCUUAACUGCUGCUUCCUUCAACGCUUCCCUUUUUGAAGCCAUCGGAAAGGUGGUUUCUACUGAAGCUAGGGCUAUGUACAAUGUGGGAUUGGCAGGCUUGACGUUUUGGUCACCAAAUAUUAACAUAUUUCGUGAUCCCAGAUGGGGAAGAGGCCAAGAGACACCAGGUGAAGACCCAUUACUUUCAAGCAAGUAUGGAUCAGGCUAUGUAAGAGGUUUGCAACAGAGGGAUGAUGGUGAUCAAAAUAGGCUUAAGGUUGCUGCCUGUUGUAAACAUUAUACAGCCUAUGAUUUAGAUAAUUGGAAAGGAACGGAUCGUUACCAUUUUAAUGCAGUGGUAACAAAGCAAGACAUGGAUGAUACAUUUCAACCGCCAUUCAAGAGUUGUGUUCUUGAUGGGAAUGUUGCUAGUGUCAUGUGUUCCUAUAAUCAGGUAAAUGGUAAGCCUACAUGUGCUGAUCCAGACCUUCUUUCUGGGGUUAUCCGAGGCCAAUGGAAAUUAAAUGGAUAUAUUGUUUCUGACUGUGAUUCAGUUGAUGUGUUCUAUAACUCCCAACAUUACACCAAAACACCAGAAGAAGCUGCAGCUAAAGCUAUAUUGGCAGGAUUGGAUCUUAAUUGUGGAUCUUUCCUAGGCCAACACACGGAAGCAGCAGUAAAAGCUGGAUUAGUAAAUGAGUCUGCCAUUGAUAAGGCUGUCUCGAACAAUUUUGCCACUUUGAUGAGACUUGGUUUCUUUGAUGGUGAUCCUAGCAAGCAACUCUACGGAAAGCUUGGUCCAAAAGAUGUUUGUACACAAGAGAACCAAGAUUUAGCUCGUGAAGCUGCAAGGCAAGGAAUUGUAUUGCUUAAGAAUACUCCAGGAUCACUACCUCUAUCUCCCACUACCAUAAAAAACUUGGCAGUAAUUGGACCCAAUGCCAAUGUCACAAAAACAAUGAUCGGGAACUAUGAGGGUACCCCAUGUAAAUAUACGACCCCUUUGCAAGGACUAACAGCAUCAGUUGCAACCACUUAUCAAGCAGGCUGCUCUAAUGUUGCAUGUGCCACAGCCCAAGUGGAUGAUGCUAAGAAGGUAGCAGCCUCCGCAGAUGCUGUUGUGCUUGUCAUGGGUGCUGAUCAAUCCAUUGAGGCAGAGAGUCGUGACAGGGUCGAUCUUCUUCUUCCUGGACAACAACAACUUCUAAUAACACAAGUUGCAAAUGUUUCCAAGGGACCUGUGAUUCUUGUUAUAAUGUCUGGAGGGGGCAUGGAUAUAUCAUUUGCAAAGACUAAUGACAAAAUCACAAGCAUAUUAUGGGUUGGUUACCCUGGCGAAGCUGGUGGAGCUGCCAUAGCUGAUGUGAUUUUUGGGUAUUACAAUCCAAGUGGAAGACUUCCAAUGACAUGGUAUCCACAAUCAUAUGUGGACAAAGUACCAAUGACAAACAUGAACAUGCGACCUGAUCCUUCCUCUGGCUAUCCUGGUAGAACCUACAGAUUCUACACAGGAGAAACUGUUUAUUCAUUUGGAGAUGGGCUGAGCUAUUCCAAAUUUGAGCACAAACUAGUUCAAGCACCUAAAUUAGUACCUGUACAGUUGGAGGAAGAUCAUACUUGUCGAUCUUCAAACUGCACAUCAAUUAAUGCUGUUGAGCAGACUUGUCAAAAUUUGGCAUUUGAUGUACAUUUAAAAAUUAAAAAUAUAGGAAAAAUUAGAGGAGGCCAUACGGUGUUUUUGUUCUCUACACCUCCAUCAGUGCAUAACUCACCACAGAAGCACUUAGUGGAUUUUGAGAAAGUUUCUUUGGAUGCACAAACACAGUCAUUGGUGAGAUUUAAGGUGGAUGUUUGCAAGCAUUUGGGUGUCACUGAUGAAUUCGGAAACCGAAAAGUUGCCUUGGGAGAGCAUGUUCUUCAUGUUGGGAGCCUCAGACAUUCCUUCACUGUGAGGAUUUGAAUCAAGUCUCAAAAUCCUUUCCAGUGUUUUGAAUUCCUUUUUCUUUAGUUUCCGAAAAGGCAUUUCAAAAUGGAAGAUUAUGCUGUGAGUUAUAAGUAGAGAAGGUUGUAAAAAUUUUCUCAAAAAUUCUUAUAGCAAAAUUGUUAGAAAAUUUACAUUUUGAAAUCCAACUUUGUGAAAGUUAUUUUUAUUUUUAUCAAUUUCUUCUUUUGACA